AUGGUAACACGUAUUGUAAAAAUCGGAGGUGCAUCAAUAACAGAUAAAAGUGAAUUUGAACAUGUUAAAUUAUCAAAUAUUGAUUUUAUUGUUAAUUUAUUUAAAAAUAAUUAUAAAAAUUUAAUAUUAAUUCAUGGUGCUGGAUCAUUUGGUCAUCAUCAAGCUAAGCAAUAUAAAUUAAAUCAAGGUUAUAUAGAUACUGAUGAUUAUGAAAAAUGUCGUUUAGGUGUUUGUGAUACUCGUCGAUCAUUAGGUCGUUUACAACAAUAUUUAUUAGAUGCAUUUGUUCGUGCUCAAAUACCAGUCGUUUGUAUAUCACCAUUUAAUUUUCUUAUUUCAAAUCAAUUUGAAUUAACAAAUGAAGAUUAUAAAUAUCUUUAUCAACAUUUAGAAAUAGUUCUUUCAAAUGGUUAUGUUCCACUUUUACAUGGUGAUGUUUUAUUAGAUAAAAAAAUUCAUUGGAGAAUAUUAAGUGGUGAUGAUCUUCUAUUUAAAUUAGCUGAAUAUUUUCAACCACGUCAAUGUAUUUUUUUAACAUCAGUACCAGGUAUUCUUCAAUCAAAUGGAAAUAUUAUUGAAAAAUUUUAUAUUGAUGAAAGUCAAAUUGAUAAUUAUGAACAACAAUCAUCAAUUAUUGAUGUAACUGGAUCAAUGCAUAAUAAAGUGAUGAUUGCUAGUAAUAUUGUUAACAAAAUAGACACAUGUCAAGUAUUUAUUCUACAAGGUGUUAGUGAAAAUGCAAAAAAACUUUUAUCAUCAUCAAUAAGUGACGAUCAAAAUUUUGUUUUACAUGGAAGUACAAGAAUUUUAAAGAAACAUUGA